GGCUGUACACUGCGUCUGUCUCUUGUUCCUGUAGGGAGCCAGGACUCGAGACUCGACACUUAUCAAACAAGGGGAGCUGAACCCUUUAUUGCCUUCAUGUUACCGGCACACGCCAAACAUCAAAGAGUAAUUUGGGGCCGGGGACAGGUGGAACAGAGUCUCCUCGUAGACCAGCUCACAAGCCCUGGUUGUAACGGGAUGCGGAUUCAGUCUUACACCUUUGCAGAUCAAAGGAAUCCUAGGCUCCUUACUGGACAGUGAGAGCUGGGUGAUGAAUUGGCCAGUGAAGCGGCACAUGCGCAGGCAGGCAGGCCAGCGAGUGGAGGCUCAGAUAGCCAGUGUAAACAUCCCUGCUGCUCUAAUUAGCCACAAUCUGCUGGCACGAGCCUGCUGGUAUAAAAGCUGGAGCAGCAAGCAGACGUUAUUCAGUCCACGAUAGACUUGAGAGCGAGAGGGACCAACUGAUGUAACGGAACCAUGGGUAAACACCAAGUGAAGAUGCCUCACAGUAACCUGUGCGUCUUGACGGCCAUUACAUUCAUCUCCUGGCUCUCCCUAGUACACGGGGAUAGGCUGGCAGCUUGUUUCAACAGUACACAGAAGUCCAUUGACAUUGUGUGUGGCGCCGGCGCCAUGGUCCGGAUACUUAAAGCAUUCUAUGGAUUUUCCCCAACUGAUUCCUGCGAGUAUAGAGAGGGGGACUGCACCCUCCCUGAGUAUGAGAACUACCCGUGUGUGGGGCGCGAGUCCUGCAGCAUCAACCUCCCCACAGGAACCUACGGGAGCCUCAUCCAGUCCUGUGGUCGCUAUAGCAACUACUUCCAGGUGGAAUACGAGUGUGUUCCAGCCACUGUGACAAAUGAUAUCUGCAGCCUUCCCAGGCUGACAGCCCAGAACGGGUACAUCUCGACCCCGAGGUACCCCAACAACUACCACGAGGCCCAGAACUGUAAGACCUCCAUUGAAGUGGCUCCAACCCAGCAGAUCCGGCUCCACAUCAUCGACAUGGACCUGGAGCCCAAAGGCAAGACGGACUGUGCUGACUGGAUGUACUUUAACGACAAGUUCCACAGCAUCACCCUGUGCGGUCGCCGUGCCAACGACACCUACAAGACGUACAGCAACUUCCUGGAGAUCGAACUACAAGCUGGGUCUGACAGCAAGAGCAAAGGAUUCUGGUUGUAUUAUGAAGCCUUCCCACCACUGCCUACCACCACAACCAAAGUCAUCGGUGACAGAAAGAAAUCUACAAAGCAACAAGGUGAAUCUACAACAUCCCGACUGCUCGCUGGCUUGACGGACAGGUCCAACAACCCUGCUCCCAUGACCCAGACAGCAACCACGACGGCCACACCUAUACCAGUGUACCGCGACUUUGUCACCCAGGGCAACACAAAACCCUCCCUUCCAUUCGCAGCCAUCGCUGGCGGUGUGAUCGGGACGCUCAGUGUCAUCCUCAUCAUCCUCCUCACGCUCCUCGUCAUCAAAUGGUUCAAAGAGCGACGCUACUAUCAGGACAAAGAUCAGUUCCUGGAUCACAGAAACCCAGCGUUCCGCAGCAGCGGCGACUUCAACGCAUGCAAAGUGGAAGUGGACUACUACCACUGCUGACAUUGCAACUACGUCUACUGCCAGAUAGACUCAGGUGCUCAGCACUGGGGUAGGCUGAAGUGUGUUAGUACAGCUGUCAUAGAUACGCCGUUGCUAUGCCGUCGCUGUGCCGUCGCUAUACCGUCCAGACCAUACUGUGUGAUAUUGUGACUGGAAACACAGAAUUUGACACAAUCUUCAUCAAUAGCUGCGGAGCAAUCUCCAUCAUCAACACGUCAUAUGCAAGUGACGAACGUCACCACAAGUGCCUGUGAACACUAGGGGCAAGAUUAACCCUUUCAGUGACUCAUAACCUCAAAGGGGUUAAAGAGAGCAUGUUGGACACUGUUGGACAUAAGUUAAACAUUUCUACACACAGUGACACAAGAGUGCCACAGAGUGCCAAUGUGCUACUCAUGUGAAAUAGACACUGUACAACACUGUUGUACUCCCUGCCAGGACAAAGGGCAACAUGUGCAAUCUUAGUGCUAUAUACAUCAUCAUCAUCAUCAUCAUCAUCAUGCCAUGAGAGAAACCAUGGUCUAGUCAGAAUACCAAGCUCAUCAGGACAAGCGGAGUUGUGUCCCCUGAUGGAACUAUGCCACAUUGUCUGUGAUACAAGGAUCAUUCCCUAUUUUUGUAUACCAUGUGUUGUACAUAAGCACUGUAUUUAUGAACACUGGCGUGUCGGCCAUGCCGACAUGGAAAUGAAUGAUUUGCUCAAACAAGGGCAAAACAAUGUCAUGAGAGUGUAAAUAUUUGAAACAUAACUUAUUCUAGCUUCCACUGUAGAUAUUAACUUAUCUCACGCCCAUGUCUCCAUGCACCAAUAAACAUGGCUUCUGUCCGACACCAUGUCUGCUUGGAUCCCUAUAUCAGUCAUCGCGCUAUCUAGCCUGCUCUUCCCUUCAUUAUAUCUAGCCUGCUCUUCCCUUCAUUAUAUCUAGCCUUCUCUUCCCUUCAUUAUAUCUAGCCUUCUCUUCCCUUCAUUAUAUCUAGCCUUCUCUUCCCUUCAUUAUAUCUAGCCUUCUCUUCCCUUCAUUAUAUCUAGCCUUCUCUUCCCUUCAUUAUAUCUAGCUUUCUCUUCCCUUCAUUAUAUUGACUUUUUAUUCCACAUCCGAUCCCGACAUCUGUUUCUGAACAUACACAGGGUUUCUGAGCCAACAAACUCAGUGAUUUAAAUUUAUUCCUUUUUUACAUUAUUAAAAAAUCUUCACAAUGGUAAGUUCUUUCAAACCUCGAUGUAACACAUUCAAUAAUUAAAACAAAUUUAAAUUUAGAUUUAACUUUUGGAGUUGCAAGCAUAUUGGGAAAAAUUCAAAAUUGGGAUUUUUUAAAAGUUUGUAUAUUCAAUUUUGAGGCUUUUCAACAUUGCAUUCAAUGUAAUGAUAUAAAACUAAGUUGUCAAACCUCUUCCUCUAAACCGGUCCUGUUUCCCGAUACCGGUCCUGUUUCCCGUGAAGGACAAGUCACCUCUACACAGCCAUACCAUUAGUUGUAACUAUGACAACAGGAAUUGGGAAAUGACUGCAGAGAAGAAUAUCAACUCAUCAGCAUCUCUAGAUAAACCCCAAUCUCAUCUUCAACCAUCCUAUGUACUGGUUCCGAUAUUCAACCAGUGAGUGUACCAGUUACCAUAUUCAACCAAUGAGUGUAUUGGUUCCGAUAUUCAACCAAUGAGUGUACUAGUUGUUAUACUAUACCAAUGAGGUACAAGUUACCAUAUUCAACCAAUGAGUGUACUAGAUACCAUAUUCAACCAAUGAGUGUAUUGGUUCCGAUAUUCAACCAGUGAGUGUACUGGUAACAAUAUUCAAUCAAUGUGUAUACUACUUUUUCAUACUAUACCAAUGAGUGUACUAAUUUUCAUAUUAAACCAAUGGGUGUACUAAUUCUCAUCGUCAACCAAUGGGUGUACUAGUUUUCAUCGUCAACCAAUGGGUGUACUAGUUCUCAUACUGUGCCAAUGAGUGUACUAGUUUCUCAUUCCAAGACAUUCUCCAUGUUUUUUUAAUCGCUCACGUCUCAUCUGUUGCAUCAGGUACCCACCAGGGGGCGCCCACAAACCUCUACAUCAUGCAUCCAAGAUACUACCUUCCAAAAGAAAUAUUUUUUCCCCAUAAAGCAGUUCUUUCAGAGUUUGAAAUUAUCAAAAAAGUAACAAAUGUCAUUAAAAUUUAAUUUUGAAUAUUAUUCUUUAAUGUAAAAAACAAGAAACUGAACCUCAUGUCAAAUCUCUAUCAGAAUGAAGCUGCCAGGUUUUAGUGUAAAGGGAGAAAUAUCUGUGUUUGAGAAGGCAUCUUGAUGCAGAUCACAGAUGGUGGGGCCACGGUACAUUCACAAGUUGUUUAUUCUGUCUCAGUUGUUUUGUUUACUAAUUAUCACGAGUUCUUGUUUUGCUUUGACUGAAUGGACAAUGAAUAUUCAUAUCUUUGUACUAGGGCAUAAUAAAAUGUUGACUUGAAAA